AAAGUUUAAAGAAGUCAACCAAGCUUCUGGAGACUUUUUAAAGGCCAUUAAGGAUUACAAUGAACGACAGGCUCAGAAGAAGUGGUGGGAGUUCUAAUAUGGAGUCUAACGCCUUGUAAGCUAGUGGGGAGAGCCAACCAAUUUUCCGUUGCGGCAUCUCGAGAUUCCAUUCAUCUUUUUCUUGUUCUCUCAUCUUGCGCACCAUCUCGAUUUUGUUCGAGUCUAUUCCCUUCCUUUCCGCAUACCCCUCACAACACCAUCAUAUCCUAAACUACACACAUUUCAUUCCUACCCAUCAUGGAUACCUAUACCAAUGCAUAUGAAAGUCAAAUAUCCCAUCUAAUCGUGAAGCGUGGCCUCACUACUUCUACCACUGGAGCAGUGGCUGCUGUCAUCGUCGUUGUCGCCAUCUUCAUAGCCGCUGUGUGUCUUUGCAUCAAGCGACCACGUAGCAUGUCUUGCGCUCAAAUGUGCUAAAGGAGCUUUGUCGUGUUUGUACAUUAUACCGUAAUCAGUGUCAUAUUUUUCAAGACGUUUCUAUUGAAUUAUUCUUUUUUAAAAGCCUU